AUGGAGGAUGGCCAGGAGGACGACAAUGAGGACUUCGAUGACGAGGAUGAAGUUGACGAGGAGGAGCAAGUUGAAGUCCGAGAAGACGACAACCCGGAGCAGAAGCCGAAGGCUUCUGAAGGUCCAAGAAAGACCACCCCAUAUCUCACAAAGUAUGAAAGGGCGCGGAUCCUGGGCGCGCGGGCCUUGCAGAUUAGCAUGAACGCGCCAGUGAUGGUGACUCUAGAGGGGGAGACAGACCCACUCUUGAUCGCAGAGAAGGAGCUCAUUCAGCGUGUCAUCCCCUUCGUCAUCCGCCGUUUCCUGCCGGACAACACGUACGAGUCAAGCGAGAUCCGGCCCAUGCGCUCGGACGAGCCGAAGAGGGAACUCCCAGUGGCCCCACCAGAGGCAAGGGAGGCCGCAUCAGGAUUCCGCCGCAAGGUGAAGAACCUGAUUAGGCGCGAGGUGGAGCCCACGUUCAACUCCCAAGGCCCCUUCAAGUCGUCAAAGCUACCAGAAGGGGUCGACACCAAUGUGCUGGUUGCCCAAACUCCGGCGCCGGCCUCCACGGCACAGCCCUCGAAGGUCCCCUCUGCGCCACCAGUACCUCGAUCUGCAGGUUCCUGUUAUGCACGGCGCCGGCCAUUCUGGAAGGCGGAUGCGCGCCGCGAGCCUCCAGCUCGACGCGUCUCUGAGUUGAAGCCUCUACCAUGCAACGCAAGGCCCGCCAGAGGCCGGUCACCACCAGCGUCGACCAGGUGCCUCAGCAAAGAAUCGCAGCCCAAAGCAGAGGAGGCGAACAAACCCGAGGAGUCGACCUCCCCACUGGCUGCCAAGCAGCGGCAAGCAUUGGCGAUGAGGAAGCUGCACAAGACAGCCGAAAUCUACAAUGCACCCGUCACUGUGGGCCACACCUUCAGGAGAAAGCUGCCACAGACACUGAACCACUCUGGAAGGCCGAGGGGCACUUCUCUGCCGCCCGUGCUUCAGGCGCCCGCCCUCGACGAGUCACAGCUGCUCUCGCAGGCCUCUGCCGGCCCGCUCCCGGCACCACGCCAGGGCAUCGGGGCCUCCCAGAAAGCGCCACUCCGGACUUCCCUGCCGCAGGCCGAGCCAUCCUGGCCGCGCCCGGAUUCUCAGGGCAAGGUGGAAGGAGACUGUGACACAAGAAGCUCUUGGGCGGGCCUAGGUACCACUGUACGACAUGGCGACGAUGUUCCUCUGGCCGCCCUCUUCCGACAAGGCUGGGAGCGCACCCAGCAGGAGCAAGAGGCGCGGAACGCACAGGUGGCGAGCACGACCACACCCAGCGGAGAGCUCAACCCGGAGCCCCCGGCACCCAGCGGGAAGCUCCCGAUCUCGGCGAGUUCGACCGUUCGACAUGGGGAAGGAAUUCCGCUGAGUGCCCUGUUCCGACAAGGCUGGGAGCAGGCCCAGCAGGAGGCGGCGAAGAACGGCAAGAGCUUGCCUGGAGCCUCCAGCUGGAGCCUUACUCUUCGCCAUAUGGAUGUUUGA